AUGACGUCUUCCUUGUCAGUUCGCCAAGGGCUCUUGACUCGAUCCAUUCAUCGCCUGUCCUCGGUCAUUCGUAGUCACGAAGAUCUUCUUGCACAAUCAGGCAUACGAGAAGAUGAGGAAGUUGAAGAUCGCGCUAGAAGAAUCAGACGAGCAAUUGUAGCAAUCGAAGCUGAAUUAGGCACCCUUGAAAGCUCCUUGGAGAAAUAUGCCAAAGCUGCCGACAGUCUGGAACGCAGAAUUACUCAGAACUGCUUGAUCAAGCGCAAACAAGCGCUUACAACUCUCACAGUACUUCAGCGAGGAACGGAACCUCUUGAAGUACCUUCAGUUUCGGGAUCACCCCAAAUCUCAGAGGUAAAACUUGCACCAGUUCCCGUUCCCAAGUUCAGCGGUGAGAUUUGGGAAUGGGAAACUUUCUGGAAAACGUUCGAACACACGAUUCAUUCGAAGAACAUCGACAACAUUUACAAACUCAACUAUCUCAUGGACGCUCUUCAAGGAGCAGCUAAGCAAUCAGUGGAGCAAUUUCAAGUUUCAAGCGAAACAUAUCCUCUAGUCGUAGCUCAUCUAAAGAAAAAGUACGGAGACACCCAAGCCCUAGUAGAUCGACUCUUGAAUAAACUUCAAUCAGCGAAAGCCAACAGCGAUAGUCUAGAAGACCAAGAAACCCUUUGCGAGCAACUCCUCUCCAUUACAUCACAACUUGAUCUUCACGGGGAGCACAUCGACAAUACGUUUCUACAAAGAGAGCUGCUUGGGAAAUUCUCCAUAGACGUCCAACGACAGAUCCUUCGGCAGAAACCAAAGCUGAAAACAGAAGAAACCUGGAGCACUAUGGCCCUUUUACGAACUGCAAAGGAAUUUGUCGAAGCCGAACUGAGAAUAAUCAGACAGGUGAAAAGUCAUAGCUCCAACAACAAGAGGAAGCGAGAUACGAGUGGGAUGGAGGAAAGAAAGUCUCCACUCAGCAGAAACUUCGCGAAAAAUCAACUAGCACCCUGCUUUUAUUGCGGAAAAACAGGGCAUCCAGCGAAGAACUGCACUGAGAUACCAUCACUGGACCAACGUCUUGAAAUCAUAAAGGCUCAAAAGCUCUGCCGUAAUUGCGGACAAAAGGAUCACACUGCAGCAAACGGUUUCGCCAAAGAUACAAAUUCAAAGCAAGAAACGGUACCCGACUGCAGCAGCCACGACAAUGUUAUGCUUCUGACAGGACAAGCGAAAGUACUCAACCCUACCACGGGAGCACUUGAAUCGAUUCAUAUCAUGCUUGAUACAGGAGCAGAUCGCUCAUUCAUCAGUGACGAGCUUGCAGAUCGGCUCCAACUAACGAACGUCGAUACUACGGAAUUGACAAUCAAUACGUUCGCAUCACAGAAACCGAUGAAAAGGACCUGUAGAAACACAGUCAUGAAGUUGUGGGACGUGGAUGGAAAUCAACACACAUUCACGGUCACACGUAUUUCAACAAUCACGCCAACUUUGGCACGUUCUAGCCUCAGCAAGGAAGACAAGAAAUUUAUCUAUGAAAACGAGAUACAUCUAUCCAUUGAUCCAUCCAUAAAAAAGGUGCAGCCAACAGUUCUUCUUGGAUGCGCUGAUCUUUUCUCAAUUCUUGGAAAUGGAUUACAAAAGCAAUAUACGCUCCCGUCGGGAUUGAAAGUGAUCCCUUCUAAACUAGGGUACCUUAUAUCGGGAAGAAGUAAACUACAACAAGAUGAUGUUGGAAAACCACCCGUUCAAACAAUUCAUCAAGUAGAUACACAGCCAAUCAGACAAAAACCACAACUGACACAUCACAAGGUCUCGCCGAAUCACCAGCUCCCAGUAUAA